AUUAAUUAUAUAGGGCAACUUAUCAACAGAACAAACAAUUGCAAUGACAACUUUUUCCCACACAGACAUAGUCAUUCUGUCAUUGGUAGUAUAUAUAUUUUGGUAGAUUUAGAAUACAGAUCGAAGUAUGGGUUCCAUGUUGAAACCCCUUCUUCUGUCAGUCUACGCUUUUUUAUUUUGGCAGCAAACAGCAAAUGCUCAAGUACAUAAUCACAGCAUUUUUAGCAGCAGCAGGAAGCUAGCUAGCAGGUGCAAUUUUUUCCGAGGCAGAUGGGUAUAUGAUAAUACUUACCCUCCCUACCAAUCUUCAAAUUGUCCAUUCAUGAAUCAACAAUUUGAUUGCCAGAAGUUUGGCAGACCUGAUAAAACUUACCUCAAAUAUCGUUGGCAGCCCUUCUCCUGUAACAUCCCAAGGUUUAACGGGGUGGUUUUCUUGGAGAGAAUGAGGGGGAAGAAGAUCAUGUUUGUGGGAGACUCAUUGAGUUUCAACAUGUGGCAGUCUUUAGGUUGUAUGAUCUACACAUCUGCACCAAGAACCAAGUACACACUUAUCACCACUACCAUACUCUCUGAACUUGUAUUUGAGGAUUAUGGAGUGACGUUAAUGUUGUAUCAUACAACACAUUUGGUGGAUAUUGUAAGCACAAAGGCAGGUCGAGUUUUGAAACUGAAUUCGAUUCGAGCAGGGAAGGCUUGGGUGGGAAUGGACGUCUUGAUCUUCAAUUCCUGGCAUUGGUGGCUCCACACCGGAGGAACUCAACCAUGGGAUUAUGUGCAAGACGGUAGAAAAACAUACAAAGACAUGAACACUCUGGUUGCAUUCUACAAAGGAUUGACAACUUGGGCGAGAUGGGUGAAUCUUAAUGUCAAUCCAGCAAAAACCAAAGUAUUCUUCCAGGGAAUCUCUCCGACCCAUUUCGAGGGAAAGGAUUGGGGUGCGCCGAUGAAAUCAUGUUCGCACGAGACACAACCAUACUCAGGCCUCAAGUACCCAGGGGGAAUACCAAUGGCGUCAGUUGUUUUGAACAAAGUAUUGAGCAGGAUUCGAAAACCUGUUUAUUUGCUUGACAUUACAUUAUUGUCACAGUAUCGAAAAGAUGCACAUCCAACAUAUUAUCGGGGAGGACACAGUGGGUUAGAUUGCAGUCAUUGGUGUCUUCCAGGAUUACCUGAUACUUGGAAUCAGAUUUUGUAUGCUGCACUCAUUGGGUAGGGGAUAACAAGCUUUUAUUUCUUUUCCUGUUGAGUUGUCUGGCUAUUUAUUCUGAAUAAGAGAAGAUUUUGUAAAGGAAAUGAAUAUUCUUUGGGCAUUAAAGGAUGCCUCUAUCUGAACUUCAUAAUCGAUGCAUUAUCAUUUUUCACGAGA